AUGGCACACAACGGUUUGACUCAGACGCUGCCACCGAUGGGUUUUAUUGCGGUCCAGUGCUACUUCCACAGGCCGCCAGGCGAUGCCUGGAACGAGCAGACUUGGCCAUUCCCACUCAUUCGCGAGACCGCUGAAGGAUCGAAGGAGUCGCAACUCGUCAUUGGGGAGAAGUACGAUGAUACGUUCAUCAACAACUUCGUGGAAGCUGGCAAGAGGCUGGCUGAUCGAGGCGCUGUCGGCAUCUUGACAAGUUGCGGUUUUCUCGCAAUGGCCCAGCCCUUGCUUGCCGAGCGCUUGCCAAUCCCAAUCUCAACGUCCGCAUUGGUACAAGUGCCGUCCAUUCUAGCCUUUAUGCCGCAAUCUGCGUCAGUAGGCAUUCUCACGUAUAACGGCGAGAAGUUGAACUUCGGCCAUCUGCAGCAGCUUGGCGUGCCGGACUCUGCAAGGACUCGCGUCCACAUCGUGGGUGCUCCUUCGGAUGGCUACUUGCAGAACCUGGUUCGAGAAAAGGGUCCGUUUGAUCGCGAAGGGAUCGAAAGUGAAUUGGUGAGGGCGGCCACAGCUCUGGUCACGAAAGUGCCGAGCAUACAAGCCCUUGUUCUGGAAUGCACCCAAAUGCCGCCGUAUGCAGAGGCGAUCCAAGCGGCUUUGAACGGCAAGGUGCGAGUCUACGACGUGCAUACUAUGGGCUGCUGGUUCUACAGUGGGCUUGUCAACCGAACACCACGCGAGUGGCUAUCAAACUACUAA